AUUUGUAGCUUAAUUACGACAAUGCUUUGAAUUUUAGGUUUUUCGAUUGGUAAACAGUGUGUAGCUUUAUCAGAUCCAGCAAUUCACUUUUUCUUUUCUUUUUCUUUUUUUCAGCCAGAGGACGACGAGAUGCUAGUCCCUCAUUCUGAUUUCCCAGCUGAAGGCCCUCAACCAAUGGAAGUUGCACCAGCUGAAGCUACGAGUACAGUUGAUGCACAGGCUGCGGAUGAUCCACCGUCAGCUCGGUUUACGUGGACAAUUGAGAACUUUUCAAGGUUGAAUGUGAAGAAGUUGUAUUCAGAAAUCUUCUUCGUGGGAGGAUAUAAAUGGCGUGUGCUUAUUUUCCCAAAAGGGAAUAAUGUCGACCAUUUAUCAAUGUAUCUGGAUGUUGCUGAUUCUGCAACUUUGCCAUAUGGUUGGAGUAGAUAUGCCCAGUUUAGCUUAGCUGUGAUCAAUCAAAUUCAUAACAAGUACACAGUAAGAAAAGAUACACAACACCAAUUUAAUGUCAGGGAAAGUGACUGGGGUUUCACUUCAUUCAUGCCGCUUAGUGAAUUGUAUGACCCUGGAAGAGGUUAUCUUGUCAAUGAUACAUGUGUCAUUGAAGCUGAUGUUGCUGUUCGUAGGGUUGUUGAUUAUUGGUCUCAUGACUCAAAAAAGGAGACAGGUUAUGUUGGGCUGAAGAAUCAGGGAGCUACUUGCUACAUGAACUCUCUUCUCCAAACUCUUUAUCACAUUCCUUAUUUCAGAAAGGCUGUGUACCACAUGCCAACAACUGAGAACGAUAUGCCAUCAGGGAGUAUCCCUUUGGCUUUGCAGAGUUUGUUCUAUAAGCUUCAGUACAGUGACACCAGUGUUGCAACAAAAGAGUUAACUAAGUCUUUUGGGUGGGAUACGUAUGACUCUUUCAUGCAGCAUGACGUUCAAGAACUCAAUAGGGUUCUUUGUGAGAAGCUUGAAGACAAAAUGAAGGGAACUGUGGUGGAGGGUACAAUUCAGCAGUUAUUUGAAGGGCACCACAUGAAUUACAUUGAAUGUAUUAAUGUGGACUACAAAUCGACAAGAAAAGAAUCUUUUUAUGAUCUUCAACUUGAUGUCAAAGGCUGUCGGGAUGUUUAUGCAUCUUUUGACAAGUAUGUGGAAGUGGAACGCCUAGAAGGUGAUAACAAAUAUCAUGCAGAACAGUAUGGAUUGCAGGAUGCGAGGAAGGGUGUCUUGUUCAUUGACUUCCCUCCUGUUCUUCAGCUUCAGUUAAAGCGAUUUGAGUAUGACUUCAUACGGGAUACCAUGGUAAAGAUAAAUGAUCGAUAUGAGUUCCCUUUGCAACUAGACCUUGAUAGGGAGAAUGGAAAGUAUCUAUCUCCCGAGGCUGAUAGGAGUGUUCGCAACCUCUACACUCUUCACAGUGUGUUAGUUCAUAGUGGAGGAGUUCAUGGUGGACAUUAUUAUGCAUACAUCAGGCCAACGCUCUCGGAUCAGUGGUUCAAAUUUGAUGAUGAGCGUGUAACGAAAGAGGAUAUGAAGAGGGCAUUGGAAGAGCAGUAUGGUGGUGAGGAAGAGUUACCACAGACGAAUCCUGGGUUCAACAACUCACCAUUCAAAUUUACAAAGUAUUCAAAUGCAUAUAUGCUUGUGUACAUACGUGAAAGCGACAAAGAGAAGAUAAUCUGUAAUGUGGAUGAGAAGGAUAUUGCAGAACACCUGAGGAUAAGGCUGAAGAAAGAACAAGAAGAAAAGGAACAGAAGAGAAAGGAAAAAGCAGAGGCACACCUCUAUACAAUAAUUAAGGUUGCUCGGGAUGAGGAUUUAGUUGAGCAAAUUGGAAGAGAUAUAUAUUUUGAUCUGGUUGAUCAUGAUAAGGUCCGUUGUUUCCGGAUUCAGAAACAGAUGGCUUUUAACCUUUUCAAGGAAGAAGUUGCAAAGGAGUUUGGUAUUCCAGUGCAAUGUCAGCGUUUCUGGCUAUGGGCAAAGCGCCAGAACCAUACAUACCGUCCAAACCGACCCCUGACAAUUCAUGAAGAGGGUCAAUCUGUUGGGCAACUGAAAGAGGUAUCAAAUAAAGCAAAUAAUGCGGAGCUAAAACUGUUUUUGGAAGUAGACUUGGGCCUGGAUUUGCACCCUGUUCCUUUACCUGAGAAAGCUAAGGAUGAGAUUCUUUUGUUUUUCAAACUUUAUGAUCCUUUCAAAGAGGAAUUGCGUUAUGUUGGACGGCUCUUUGUAAAAGCCAGCGGUAAGCCAAUAGAAAUAUUGGGCAAGCUGAAUGAAUUGGCUGGCUUCGCUCCUGAUGAAGAAAUUGAACUCUUUGAGGAAAUAAAAUUUGACCCUAAUGUCAUGUGCGAACACAUUGACAAGAAGCUGAAUUUUCGGGGCAGUCAGCUUGAAGAUGGGGACAUAAUUUGCUUCCAAAAAUCACUUCAAGGUCAAAAUAUUGAUCAAUGUCGUUAUCCUGACAUCCCUUCAUUUCUGGAAUAUGUGCAUAACCGACAGUGGCAGCAUUUACUAGGAAACAGCACUGUCAUCAACUUUAAAGUUUCUGCAUAA